CCACUAUCGAUACUACUUCACACCUAACGACGUUGGAUACUUCCUCGGGAGUGGUUGAAUAAGCGAUUCUGAACCGAAGUGUGUGGUGGUGAUUUCAUCUCAUGAUCUUCUCCCCCUCCCCGCUAACUUACCCUGCAUGACGUAGCAAACACAGCAUAAUCGUCAUCGUCGGCCCGUCCGAACAUUCCGCACUUAAGCAACUAUCCCCUCCGACCAUCUGAAGAUCCACCCUCAGCUUUAUUAGACGGAUCAGAAGUCCGCUGAAACACGAUCGAUAUCUUCUCGAAGCUCAAGUGACUGUUGCCCGGGGCAUCCUUAUCGCUGUCUCACCCAUUUCAAGACGAACUAGCCUAUCAGAUUCACCGGAGGAUCUAUACCACCCGUUUUUAUACCUUCACAGCUUUAGACUCCAUUCAAAAUGGUCGGAAAGGCUAUCCCGCUAGGCCUCAGGCUCUGGGAGUUCCUCUGGACUCUCCUUGUCAUGGCCUUGAUCGGUAACAUGAUCGCCGAAGCAUUCGCAGGCAACCCUGCCACCGUCAACUAUGCCAUGUUCGUUUCGGCAUUCUCGAUGUUCACCCUCUUCUACACUAUCCCCGCAACGCUGAACCCCGACUGGGCAGUCCACCCUAUCUUCCUGAUCGUCAUCGAUACCCUCAACGCGAUCUUCUUCUUAACUGCUGGUAUUGCUCUAGCCGCCAAGCUGGAAUGCCACAGCUGCAGCAACGACAGCUACACUCUCAACAAUGAGAUCACCAACGGUGCGAACAACCGCGGAAAGCGCUGCCGGGAGGCUCAGGCCUCCACCGCAUUCCUCUGGUUCGCCUGGGUCGGCUAUACCGUCUCCCUGGUCUUCUCGAUCAUGGGCUCGCGCUCUGCUGGUGUCAACCUCCGUGGCCGCACUGGCCCCGCCCGUGGUGCUCGCCCCAGCAUGGCCCAGGUCUAAGCGUGCGUCGAGUAUGUCUGUCGAACGGAGUCAACACACUGCUCCGCCAGUGUUUCUCUCGGCAGGCGGCGGAAGGCUUUGGACAUACAGACCUCGGGUCAUAAUGCAAAGGGACAAACAAAAGCUAAAAUGAAACGGUAAAAGGGAAAUGACUCACGACUCUCAAGGGACAAAAAACGUAUGGGACGCAAUAUGAGCCAUGAUGCUAUGCUCAAGAAUGACAGUCAGAGUACUUAUCUGAUAUCUCUCUCUGAUGGCCGGGCGCUGGCUGAUGAGAUCCAAAUAUUUGACCGUU